GAAUCGAGAGAUUCAGUUUCCCUGCUGCCUGCUUGUCUUCUCCGUCUCACUCUCUCCGUCUCAGACAAAUCGGGUGGUAAAGAUCGAGCUUUUGGACGGAAAUGCCCUCGGAAAAGGACUGCGUGGUGAAGAAGUGUCCGGCAAAGUAGGACGGCAUCAUCGUGAUUUCGUGCUCCGUGAGUGGCUUUUUCUUCGCCCGUUGUUCCUUUCGUCGCCAAGCAAGCAAGCAACGAUGAGAUAGAUCUGUCUCUCGACCUGGUGCUGUGCUCCGGCCAGGGUUCAAAGGCGACGGCUGUCCUCUUCCGAGCUUCUGUAUGCAGAGCAGGGAGGAUUAGGAGGGGCUUCUACGUUAGGAAAAUUAAGUGGUUAUUCUAUUACUGAGAUAAAGUCAGGCAGUUGUUUGCUAGUGAGGAACAGGAGUGUAGUUUGUACAUGCUUGUUGAUAAAAUGUUGGUACCGAAACAAUAUCGUUGCACACACUCAGCUACAUGCUUAUGCACAAAGGGUCACUUGAGUGAGGAUGCAAUCUACCUUGUCUUCCAGCAUCUGAACUGGAACCCAAGAUUGAUUGCAGUUAUGUCUUGUGUUUGCAAAUGGUUUGAUGAAAUUGCCAAGUGCAUCUUCUGGAAAGAGUUUUGCCGAACAAGGGCCCCAAAAAUGAUGCUGGAUUUGCAGUCCUGUGGAAGUCACAGUGUUGAUGGAAACUGGAAAGCACUUGGAAAGCUUCUCAUUCAUUGUUCAGGUAGCAGCAUCUGUAGUAUUGCCCAUGUCCCAGGUCACUUUGUUUACAGGACUAGGUUUUCUAGGACUUCAGGAAAAAGCUUUCUUCUUCCACAGUGCAAGACAGACGUCUUGUAUGUGUCAGACCCUUGUGAACAUCUUGAUCAAGGAGAUGAUGGUGAUGUAGGAAGCUUUCGUGGCAUGUUCAAAUCAUUUUCCGUGUCGAAGGUAAGGAAGAUGCUUAUUGAUAGGCAGGUCCAAUUCCAUCCGACACAGGUGUGCCCAUAUUGCAAGGCAAAAUUGUGGAAUAUGCUGCAGGCCAAUAUGAUACCUAGGAGUGCUUGCAACAGGUUGGGUGCUUAUGAUGACAGCAUUGAGUGUUUUGUAUGUCUCAAUGGGCACAUGUUAGGUGCAUGCACUCUGCUACCACUAUCUGACUCUGAGGGAGCAUCAGAUUUUGACUAAUGCUCAAACAUGCUCAAAAUUUGUGUGAGACUUUUCAGUCGGCGGGACUGACAAAGAAAAUCGAGCAGAUGAUGAUACGCUAUCAGCAGCAAUCUGGUGGGUUGCAUGCCUCAAAUGCGUCCUAUGAGCCCAGAGAUCAGAACUUGCUUGAAGAACAAGAGAAAAAUUGCAGCAUGAGGAAGUGAGAAUGAGUAUUGAUCUGGAGAAUCUUGUUUGAAUGCUGCAUCAAAAUUCAAGACUAAAACUGUUUGGGAGACCAAAAGUUUGGAGUUCUUUUUAUUGUUUGGAAAACCAAAAUUUUUUAUUAUCGCUUAAAUACUAUGCUUCCUUGGAACGGUGAUGGUCUUACAAGAUUUAUAACAGCUUCUAUGAAGUAGAUAAAA